UUUUAUCGGUCAGAAUGGUACUGCAUUUAAGGGUUAAUUGUGGACGCGGUUUGUUCAAGUUCAGAAAAAUAUAUAUUUUAACAAUCUAAUGCUUUUUCUAACUAUCUGUGUCACGAAGUGUGGUUCUUUGAAAAUUUUGAUCACAAUGGACUCCAGGUUAUUGUUGCCUAUUGGAUGUGUGAAAGUUAAUCGUAGAUGGACAGAGUUUUGCUUGUGAUCAUAGUGUUUGCGCUCCGCUGUGAAAACCUAAGAUUUGAAAAAGACCUUAUUCCAAGUUUCUCGUCGAAUUAAAGGACAACUUGUAUUUACUUGGUCUGUCUUCAUAUUUGAUCAACUUUUCUUAUGCUGAAGAAUAAGUUCGGAUUACGACGCGAGAUAGAUAACUGCAGAAAACAUGGCAAAAACAUACCAAUGGUGAGGUAGCCUGAGCAUAGUGUGAGCUUAAUAGCACAAGAUAUUAAUUAUAAAUUUUAUACUAAGAAUGAGUAAAUUAAUUUUAAUCAUUUUUAAAUGAAAAAUUUGAAAUGUAUUUCUCAGAAAUAUAUAAUUAUUUUGACAGCUCAAAAUGUUUUAUUAGUUUAAAGUUGGAUAUUUACUCUUUAAAUUCGUUUCUAUUUGCCUAACACCUUCAAUUUGCUUGACAUCCGCAACAAAACAAAGUUCAUAAUUAAUUCGACCCUCUGUUGGAUCAUAUUCUCGUUUCUUUCUCGACGAAUUGUUGUCAGUUUUGAAUUGCUCGUCUCUAUUAACAAACUGGACCUGAAUGUGCCUCUAACAGCGAAUAAAAAAGAUUAAAACGACAAAAAAAAGUGGAAUCAAAGAUGCCGUACGAUAGUGUGUCAUCGAAUAACACAGGAUCUUCUCGACUGGGUCUGGUGGAGAUAGAAGCAGACGAUGGAUUGGAUACUUCGAAAGUCGUCUCAGUUUCGGUCGAGCGAAAGAAGUGUCUGCUGAAUUUCCUCAAGUACUCACCCAUGUUGUUUGUGGUAUGCCUGGCGUGUGCGAUGAUACCGAGUGCCUUUUUGAUUGCGAAUAAUUCACACCGUGACUCCAUUCAAUCUCAGAACACCAUGCUUCAACGCCUAAAUGAGCAGCUGUUCAUUCAGAUGCAGAAUCUGUCCCAAAUAGCGAGUCAGAUGUCGAGUGAGAAUGUGGAGUUGAGGGUAGAUUUAGAAUAUCUAUCCAAUAUGAUGCGAGAGAGCAAAGAGAGUCUGCUCAGCUACUUCGACACUCAGUUCUACUCCUUUUCGAACAAAUCUGUCCAGUACGCUCUCGUGGAGUACGAUGAAGUUGUGGCUUGGAAUUUGGGCGACCAAAUGUGUAAGGCAGUUCAAUCUCAACUGGCUUUUCCAGUUGCUGGUAAUCACGAGUCCAUCGAGGAUCUAAUCGCAGCUUGUCCCUUCGACACUCAAACUAACUGUUGCACGUGCUGGGUUGGGUUGAACAAACAGGAGGACGGAAAGACAUGGUUCGAUUCAGACGGAAAUGAAGUGAAAAACGUUGAAGAAUUGCCAUGGGCCACAGGGCAACCGACAGAUACAACAGGCUAUGAUUGUGCCUAUAUUCGCGACGCUUAUCUUUUCAAUAAAAAUUGUCAAGGUACUGCCGUAAACAGUUCCGGUGACGUGGUGUCCGAAAGAGUGGUGUGUCAGAGCAUAAUAUUCUGAAAUGAAGAGUUGUCUCUUAUGAGAAUAAUUAAUUUCAAAUCCUCCAUCCGCAUGUAUCGGUGAGCACCUGUUCCAACCAGAUCCCGUGCAGAACUCAGACGACCUUAUCAACCAGAUCCAGGGUGAGCUGAAAGUUGACAAAGG